AACAGAAGCCCCAACAACACCAGCUGCUACUACAACAACCACAGCUGCACCUACGACAACCACAGAUUCACCUACAGCAACAACAGCUUCUCCCACUACAACCACAGCUGCACCAACAGCAACAGCAGUUCCUGUUACAACUACAAUGGCUCCUUCAACAACAGCAGCUUCAACAACAACCCCAGCUGCUCCCACAACAACCACAGCUGCAGCAACAAUAACGAUAGCUCCACCUACAGCAACCACAGAUGCUUCCAAAUCGACCUCAGCGUCACAUUCAACAACCACUGCUGCCCCUACAGCAACAACAGCUUUCCCCACAACAACCACAGCUACUCCAACGCCACCAAUAGUUAAUGUUACAACAACAAUGGCUCCAACAACCACAGCAGCUCCAACAACUACCCCUGCUGCUCCCACAACAACCACAGCUACACCAACGGCAACCACAGAAUCACCUACAGCAACAACAGCUUCUCCAACAACAACCCCUGCUGCUCCCACAACAACCACAGCUUCAUCAACGACAACGACAGAUUCACCUACAGAAACAACAGCUUCAUCAACAACAGCCACAGUUGCACCAACGGCAACAACAGUUCCUGUCAAAACAACAAUUGCUCCAACAACAACAGCAGCUCCAUCAUCAUCUCCAGCUGCUCCCACAACAACCACAGCUUCACCAACGACAACCAUUGCACUACCUACAGCGACAACAGCCACUUCCACAUUGACCUCAGCUUCACCGUCGACAAACACAGCUUCACCUACAGCAACAACAGCUUCUCCAACAACAACAACAGCUGCACCAACGGAAACAACAGGUCCCGUUACAACAACAAUGGCUCAAACAACAACAGCAGCUCCUACAUCAACCCCAGCUGCUCCCAAAACAACCACAGCUGAACCAACAACAACCACAACUCCAUCUGCAACAAUCACAACCACAUCAGCUCUUGUUACAACUACAGUGACUCCUACAACAACAUCAGCUUCAACAACCACAGCUGCUCUCACAACAACCACAUCUUCACAAACUACAACCACAGCUCCAGCUACAAUGACCACAGCUGCUCAAACAACAGCCACAGCAUCAUCUUCAACAACUACAGCUGCUGCUACUGCCACCACUGCCGCCCUCACAAUGACCACAGUUUCUGCCACAACAACCACAGCUACUCACACAACAACCACAGCUGAUCAAACAACAACCCCUGCUGCUGUCACAGUAGCUACGGCUGCACCAACGGCAACCACAGCUCCACCUACAGCGACAACAGCCACUUCCACAAUGACCUCAGCUUCACCUUCGACAACCACAGCUGCACCUACAGCAACAACAGCUACUCCCAGAACAACCACAGCUGCUUUCACAAUAACCACAGCUUCCCCCACAACAAAUGCAGCUGAUGCUACAACAGCAAAAUCGGAGGCUUCAACAACCACAGCCGUCCUCACAACAAACACAGCUACUCCCAUAACAAACACAGUUGAUCAAACAACAACCACAUUUACACCAACGACAACGACAGCUCCUGUUAAAAGAACAGUGGCUCCCACAACAACAGGAGCUCCCACAACAAUCACAGUGGCUCCCACUACAACAACAGCUGCCAUAACAACAAAUGCAACAACAAAAGCUUCUGUAACAAGCAUCACUACCGGCCCUACCACAAUUACAGCUAACCUCACAACAACCACAGGUGCUCCAACGACCACCACAGCUGUAUCCACAGCUACCACAGCUGCAUCCACAACCACAACAUUUGCACUAACAACAUCCCCAGCUGCUGCUAUGACAACAACAUCCACCCCUACAACAACUACAACUGCUCACACAACAACCACAGCAGUGCCAACAUCAUCCACAGCAGCUCCCACUACACAAACAGCUUCACCAUCGAUCACCACAGUUGCUGUAAAGACCAGCAACACCCACCACACAACAACCAUAGUUUCAGCCACAACAACCACAGCUGCUGUAACUACCACAGCUACAGCUGCACCAACGUCAACUACAGCUGCUAAAACAACAACAACUGUUUCCCCAACCACCGCAUCCACAAACCCUCCAACGUCAAAUGAAGGUGUACUUAUUCUAAAGUUCCGGAUGGACCGUAUGUUUAUGGAAGCCUACAAAGAUUCAAAUUCCUUGGAUUACAUUACUUUGGCUUUAAAUGUCACAACUGAGUUGACUCGAGGAUACAACAAUAUAUAUCCUGUAAUCUUCCUCAGAUGCAUCAUCAUCAGUUUCUGGCCUGGAUCUGUGGGUGUGACAACCAACUUGAUCUUCACACGCCAGUCUGUGGUCCCUAACCUUACAGAUGCAGUGGAAUCCCUCAAGACAUCCAUCAACACGUCCACAGUUUUCUUAGAUGUUAUUCCUGGCAGUAUCAAAGCUGAAAUCCGGAACUCCCCGACUAAUGCUACGACUACUCCUAUGACUAGUACCACGACUAAUGCCAAGACUACUGCUACGGCCACUGCUACGGCCACUGCUACGACCACUGCUACGACCACUGCUACGACCACUGCUACGACCACUGCUACGACCACUGCUACAACCACUGCUACGACUACUGCUACGACUACUGCAACCACCACGCCAGCAGCAGCCACGAAACCUACAGAGGGUUCAAAUACAGGCAGCAGCGCUAUGGGAAGAAACAGACCUCAAGAAAUGGUCACUUUACUACUUGCUUUAAUGCUGAUCUAUUUCUUCUGAACAGAAUAACUCUAGGACUCAAUUAAAACCAUUGAGUAUAAGAUAUUCCACAAUAAAGGCAUAUCUAACUUCAGCUAUUACGAUUGAGAGAUGUUAAGAAACUAAGCUAACACUAGCUUAGUUAAAGUAAUUGCUUAUCAUUAUGAUUAUGUUUAAAACUGUUAAGUCUAUUUUGUUUUGUACACAAUUGACCUCAAUAGAAAAUAAAUCACUAAAUAAUGCUGGUAACGUGAUGAAGCUAAUUCUGCUAAUGCCAGAAACUGGAUUAUUGUGUGAAUGAAAGUAAAUGUGUUGUGUUUUGAUAUUUAAUAUUUAUAUUUGUUUUAGUGUAUCGCAAUAGCUUAUGAAUAAUGUAAUAUAAUAUUAAUAAAUUAGUAUCAUAUGAUAUUAACUCAUUAUAUUAGAAAAUGAUCAUCAAAAACUUAUUCAGUAAUAUAUAUAUUUUCCUCCUUACUGUAACCCAACUAUUGGCGUACAUUGAAAUAUUUGGAAAUUACUUUGAAAACCCUUGAAUAAAUAAUGCCAU